CUGCCGAGCCGACAAUCCAGAAAGCCGAGUGCCGAAACCAGUAGACAUGGCGGGUAUUAAGCUUACGUGAAUGACGGCGAAAAAGUGAGAUAUUUUGUCUUUCGUGAAGAGUGUUUCGUGGGUGAUUUCGCGUCGUGAAUACAAUAAAAAAGAAAAAAAAUUGGUGGCUUAUGAUUCAUCCGACAGGUAAAAAUGCAGAAUGUAGCACAAGGAACAACUGCGGAUAGCCAGAAACAUAAAACACAAAACGAGAAAGCAUCGAAUAGUGUUCACCACGACAUUGGGAAGACGUCGUCGACUCCCCAAUCUUCCAUUUCCAGUCCAACAAAGUCCAACGAGACUUUCUCGGAAUUACAACCUCGCUUUAUGACAGAUUCGUCGGAGAGUGAGGAGGAUAGUGUUUCGGAGGUGGAGUGUUUUGCAAUAGAUCAAGCAGAAUUAGAAGAAGAUAAUCAUCCGGAGAGUUCAAAAUUUUUACUCGCACCUGAAGAUCCUGAACGAUCGGUGGAUCCUGAGACACAAGCACGUUUAGAAGCACUUCUUGAGGCAGCCGGUAUUGGAAAAUUAUCAUCCGGUGAUGGAAAACAUUUGGCCGAUCACGAGGUUUUACGUCGACUGACAUCUAGUGUUUCUUGUGCAUUAGACGAAGCGGCAGCGGCAUUAACUCGUAUGAGAAGCGACAAUCCCCGAAGUCAAAACGAGAAACGCUCUCUUGUUGAAGCUUGUACAGACGGAGACGUUGGCACUGUUAAAAAGCUCUUAACAGAGGGUCGAAGUGUUCACGAAACAACGGAAGAGGGAGAAAGUUUACUCUCUCUCGCCUGUUCCGCUGGAUAUUACGAACUUGCACAGGUAUUGCUAGCAAUGAGUGCAAACGUUGAAGAUCGUGGUAUCAAGGGGGAUUGCACCCCUUUGAUGGAAGCUGCCAGCGCAGGCCAUGCGGAUAUAGUGAGAUUACUCAUAGCUCAUGGAGCGGAUGUCAAUGCUCAAUCAACAUCAGGUAACACACCGCUAAUGUACGCUUGCGCUGGCGGCCAUGAAGAAGUAGUAAGAGCACUACUUGAAGCUGGUGCCAAUGUCGAGGAUCACAAUGAAAAUGGUCAUACACCUUUGAUGGAAGCAGCUAGUGCAGGUCAUGUUCCAGUUGCCAAGAUCUUGUUGGAACAUGGAGCAGGCAUUAAUACUCAUUCGAAUGAAUUUAAAGAGUCUGCAUUGACAUUAGCUUGUUAUAAAGGGCAUUUAGACAUGGUUCGAUUCUUACUUGAUGCAGGAGCUGAUCAGGAACAUAAAACUGAUGAAAUGCAUACUGCACUUAUGGAAGCAUCGAUGGAUGGUCAUGUGGAAGUAGCGCGAUUAUUAUUAGAUUCCGGUGCACAGGUGAAUAUGCCAACUGACAGUUUUGAAUCUCCCCUGACAUUGGCAGCGUGUGGGGGUCAUGUGGAUUUAGCGAUGCUUUUAAUUGAAAGAGGAGCAAAUAUUGAGGAAGUCAAUGAUGAGGGUUAUACGCCUUUAAUGGAAGCUGCGCGGGAAGGACAUGAAGAAAUGGUAGCCUUGCUUCUUAGUCAAGGUAAUAGUGCAAGAUCGCUGAUUAAUACCCAAACGGAAGAGACACAAGAAACUGCCCUUACGUUGGCUUGUUGCGGUGGAUUUUUGGAGGUCGCUGACUUUUUGAUAAAAGCUGGCGCCGAUAUUGAAUUGGGUGCGUCAACACCGUUAAUGGAAGCCGCACAGGAAGGACAUUUAGAUCUUGUUCGUUAUUUACUUGAAUCGGGAGCUGAUGUUCAUGCCCAAACGCAAACUGGAGACACGGCACUGACUUAUGCCUGUGAAAAUGGUCACACCGAUGUAGCUGAUCUUCUUUUGCAAUUUGGCGCCGAUAUGGAACAUGAAUCCGAAGGCGGUAGAACACCUUUAAUGAAAGCUUGUCGAGCUGGCCAUCUUUGUACCGUACAAUUCCUUAUAUCUAAACGAGCCGACGUAAAUCGUCAAACAACAAACAAUGAUCACACUCCCCUUUCGUUGGCUUGCGCCGGUGGACAUUUAGCCGUUGUGGAAUUAUUGCUUGCACAAUCUGCUGAUCCAUUCCACAAAUUGAAGGACAACUCAACUAUGCUGAUAGAAGCGGCUAAAGGAGGCCACACGAAUGUAGUUCAAUUGUUGUUGGAUUAUCCUCACAGCAUUAUGAUGACAACACCUCACUGCAACGCUGGACCAAACAUGUUGAUGCAACAACAACAACAGCAGCAGCAACAAUUACAACAACAACAACAGCAGCAGCAGCAACUGCAAAGUGUUUCUCAUCAACAGCAAGUACCCCUUCAACAGCCACCUUCAACCCAACAACAGCAACAAGCCACCGAACAAACGCAAACUCAAAAUAUUCAACCUAAACAUAAUACGCAAAAGUCUCUGUUGAGAAAGAAUCGAUCAGUGACGAUGAUGCCUGACAUGAGUCUUACAUCAGCUGAAGCGCAACAGGUUCGCACUCAACCCGCAGGUGAAUCAGUUGCGCCCACUAAGGAUGAUACCAAUAUAUUAGAUAAAGGAAGUGGAGGCUUCGCAGGUCUCUGUGAACCCAAUAUUAGUCUUAGUCCCGCUCCUACUUCAACUAUAACACCUACCACUUCCGAUUGCCGAAAAAACAUCACCACCAACAACACCGCCACCACUUGCACUCGUCAAGAACAAAUUCUUCACAAGCAACAAAUUGUAGAUGAGGAGAUGCAGGUAUUGCAGAGGUUAGAAAGAGAACUUCAGAGAAAGGGAGCAAGCCACCUGUUUAAUUUAAAUAAUUCAGGUGCAACUGCAGAAUCAAUUGCAGGAUCGCAACCUAUGCAGCAACCUCUGCAGCAGCAGCAACAACAACAACAACUACAGCAGCAGCAGGAUAGUGUUGAUUCAAAAGCACUAUUGACUAGUACGCUCAACAUUGAUUUACCUACUCAAGCGAAUGCUUCUGCUCAUGGUGGUGUGCCAGGUUUAUUCCAAACGCCUGAAAAUAAUAGACAUCUGAUUGGUUUCUACGAUGGCUACAUAAGCGGUUUAGAAUCGGCAAAGAAAAGACUUAUGAAAGAGGGAAUGCAAGAUGGUCAACAGCCAUUGUCAUUGACAUCAUCACUUGCUGAGACAUUUCCUGCGGCAAAUAAUUUUGCGACUUCACCACCAAUGUCGCUUGCCAGCGUUCCUGUGAGCGCAGCCACCGCUCUAAUGACACCCAGUGCAGCAUCAUCAACAACAACUCCAACAUCAUUAAACAUCUCAAGUCCUCCGGCUGUUAUGACAAUUUCUCAGCCCAUCACGGCCAGCAGUGAUGUUAGUCAAAAUACCGCAAUUAGCGAUCGUCCAAAAGCCAAGCCUGUCUCCAAAAAAGAAGGGAAAAACAUUCGAAAGGUUGGCAAUACAUUGAGUGCAAAACUACAGCAACAACAAGCGACUCUCAUGGCUGGUUUACAACAACAAUACCAGCAAAAACAACGUCAACACACCUAUCAAGUUCAACAGGUUCAUCAACUUCAACAACUGAAUCAACAAUUGCAACUGCAACUCGAUCAAGUACAAGUACAGCAACAACAGCAGCAGCAACAACAGCAACAACAAAGUGGUGUCGGGGGUGGCAGUGGAGGCGGCAUUUUGAUGCCAAGUCAGCUGAUGGCGCACCUCCACCCCUCUCACACCCACUAUCUUCUUGGCCAGCAACCACCGCAAGAAAAUCUUGGCGAACAUAUGGACUCUGAAAUUGCAAGACUACAUAGAGAUGGAUCGUGUCCAUUUUUUUCUGCUCCAAAAACACAAAAGUCCCUUGGUGUCGAAGACGGUAUUUUUAAAUUAGAUGAUGGUACCCAGAUUCCAAUUGAAGAUGCCGUCGAUAUCAUAAGAUCAAUUAGUUUGGAUGAAGCGUCCAAUGUAGUAGCAGCAGUUGCAGAUGAUGAUCCAUCGAAGCUUGAUAUGAAGAAAUUGGAAAUCUCGGGAAAGAGUCAACAGCAACAACUUGGUCAGGUUGUUCAACAAUCUAACAAUCUUCAUCCAUCUCGUGAUUAUUUUACAGCUCCAGUACCAUCGGUACCUUCUGUACCAACGGUUCCAUCGGCAUCUAUGCCUUUAUCAUCAUUACAAGUAACAACAGCAGGAGUACAGAUACAAGCAGACGUGUCCACGGGAUUGCAAAUAACACCCACGCAACCCAUACCUAGAAGCGUGAUCAGUGCCUUCGAAGCUGGUCUCAAUUUAGGAAUGCAAACGUGCAUAAGCGAGGAGAAUUUUCAGUCUUCAUUGCUCUUACAAUCUCAACUGACAUUUCCAGCGCAAACAUUACCUGCUGUUUCUGGAACAACUGCCAUUGUCGAUACUUCAUCGCAGCUUGCUAAUAAUGCUGUUCAAUCAACAGCCUGUAACACAAAUCAAGUUCAAGUUGCAACGCAAACCCAAACGCCAGCUUCGUCUGCAACUUCGACUGCAGUUGGACCCGACAGGAAACAAGUCUACACAGCUCCUGCUGCCAAUAAAGGGAAAAAGGCCCGAUAUCCACUUAUCUCACAACAGCAAAACGCUGCCACUACUCAACAACAGUCCGCUAAUUUUCCCGUUCAAACCUUCCAAUUGGAUCCAAGUGCUGUUGCUGGACAAUAUACUACUGGUGUUCCGACUGUUGGCGGUUAUACAGCGAAUCAAGUACCACCAGCGCCAUUUUCCUGUAUGGACGUAGAUUCUGAAACGGAUAGUAAUCACGACACUGCCCUGACUUUGGCUUGUGCCGGUGGACAUGAGGAUCUUGUUGAAUUGUUGUUAAGUCGAGGAGCUGAUAUCGAGCAUCGCGACAAGAAAGGAUUUACACCAUUGAUAUUAGCAGCAACCGCUGGUCAUCAAAAGGUUGUUGAGAUUCUCUUGAAUCAUGGGGCGGAAAUUGAAGCCCAAUCUGAACGAACAAAAGACACGCCAUUGUCGCUUGCCUGCAGUGGAGGCAGAUAUGAAGUAGUCGAACUUUUGCUAAAUCGUGCUGCUAAUAAAGAGCAUCGUAAUGUUUCUGACUACACUCCACUUAGUCUUGCGGCGUCCGGUGGUUAUGUUAAUAUCAUCAAAUUACUUCUCAGUCACGGCGCCGAGAUCAAUUCUCGAACUGGCUCAAAAUUGGGCAUUUCUCCACUCAUGCUUGCAGCUAUGAAUGGCCAUACAGCUGCUGUUAAGUUACUUCUUGACAUGGGAAGUGAUAUCAAUGCUCAAAUUGAAACAAAUCGAAACACGGCAUUGACUCUUGCUUGUUUUCAAGGAAGACACGAAGUUGUUAGUCUUUUACUCGAUCGCAAAGCAAACGUUGAGCAUCGAGCUAAGACUGGAUUAACUCCCCUGAUGGAAGCUGCCAGUGGUGGUUACGUUGAAGUUGGAAGAGUAUUGCUGAAUAAAGGAGCUGAUGUCAAUGCCACACCUGUUCCUUCUUCACGUGAUACUGCUUUAACAAUAGCCGCUGAUAAGGGUCAUUGUCGAUUCGUUGAAUUACUUUUAUCUAAGGGUACUCAAGUCGAAGUGAAGAAUAAAAAAGGAAACAGUCCCUUGUGGCUUGCAGCGAAUGGCGGCCAUCUCAAUGUAGUGGAUUUACUUUAUCAUGCAGGCGCAGACAUUGAUUCGCAAGAUAAUCGAAAGGUUUCAUGUCUAAUGGCUGCAUUCAGGAAGGGUCAUAUAAAAGUAGUCAAAUGGAUGGUUAGUCAUGUAACACAAUUUCCCAGCGAUCAAGAAAUGACAAGGUACAUUGCAACUGUCAAUGAUAAGGAAUUAUUGGAGAAAUGUCAAGAGUGUGUCAAAAUAAUUCGCGCUGCAAAAGAAACGCAAGCGGCAAAGGCAAAUAAAAAUGCGACAAUACUUUUAGAGGAACUUGAUAUGGAAAAAACGAGAGAGGAGUCAAAGAAAGCGGCAGCUGCUCGUAGGCGUGAGCGUAAAAAGAAGAAAAAACUCGAAAAGAAAGAAGAGAAACGAAAAUUACAUGAGGAAAAUAAGAAAAAUGAAACAAUUUUUGAGGAUAAAGAAGAUAAUGGUAAAAAAUCAGGCGACGAAGAUGGAGAUCGAGGAGAAGACAGUGAACAGGAGGAAGCUGAUAAUAAUGAAAGAAUGGAUAAUGUACCUUCACCAAUAAACAGGAGUCCCGAGGAUCCUGAUAAAGAAGAGGGUGACAGUGGAAUCGAUGCCAACAGUCAGGGAAGUUGUAGCAGUAACGAUGUCAAAGCAAGAGAAAAGAAAAAAGAGAAGAAGAAAAAGAAAAGCAGUAGUCCAAGUGUCAAUGAAAAAGACACCUCACCGCAUCGACCACCUAAAACUGUUUUACCCAGUAGUAGUUCAACUUUACCACAAUCAACAAUUUCGCCAAGUAAAUCUCAAACAUCUAUUUCUGAAAAGGCAACACUUGUUUAUUACAGACGAAAUACGUCUACCGUUGCGAGUGGAGUUACAGGGCCUUCGUCGUCAUCGUCGUCGUCGUCCACUGUUUCCGCUUCCAAUGCCAGAUCAUCGUUAAAUCUCAAUGCAAACAAUUCAAAUAAUGAUCGAAAGCUCAAAAUUCAAUUGGUUUUUGAAGCAUCGAGACAUCCCGCGGAUAGGGAGGAUUUUGAAGCUACCGGAAAUGAGACCUACAUGCCGGGUAAAGGGAAGAAAAUUUUUAACAAUCAAUUCGAGGGAGAGAUUUUAAAUACUUCCACCAAAUCGAAUUCAUCGACGAGUCCAAAACAAGGGGGAAAACGUGAAGAAGGAUGGAAGGAGGUCGUACGAAAGGGUCAAUCGGAUGACUCUGGUAGAUUUAUGAAUUCCCCACAUAGAUCGAAAAAGAUAACGGUCCCACCAAAUGCAAUUAGUCGAGUUAUUGGUAGAGGCGGCAGUAAUAUCAAUGCUAUACGAGGUGCAACUGGAGCACAUAUAGAAGUUGAAAAGCAGAGCAAAUCUCAAGGAGAGAGAAUUAUUACUAUCAAAGGUUCGGCAGAUGCAACCAAACAAGCUCAUAGUUUAAUAACCGCUUUAAUUAAGGAUCCAGAUGUGGAUAUUCAACAGAUGCUUCCAAAAUCAAAACUUACCGUUGUCAUGUCGUCCACUUGGGACAAAACCGUUCCUCCAGUUGCCGCAACUAAAAGCAAAGUCGGUGGUGUUGUGAGCAAACCUCCUAGUCUGGUUGCAAGUGCUUCGAGUUCUCAACUGAACAAAGGUUAUUCAAGUGUACCAACGUCUGGAGUCAAUCCAUUACUUCCUCUUCGCUCAUCGUCGGCAAUUAAACUUUCUGGCGCUUUUCCCACACCUAUACCAAGGGCAACUGCACCAAGAUUAGUGGCCGCGGCGGAGAAACGAGCGCAAGCAGUGGCUGCUGCUCAAUUAUCAUCAGCGUCGGCAAACACAAAGACAACCAUGUCCUAUACGAGCGCAAUAAUGACAGCUGGACGUGCGACGAAAAUUGUCACAACCAGUAACAGUACAUCGCAAACAUUUGCCGCAAAACUUUCUGAAAUCACUGCCUCGACACAUUCAACAGCAACAGUAAUGCAAUCAGCUCACAGCACGGGGAGCAAGCAAAAAUCAUCUCAGUCCUGUACAAUGACAAUUAUGUCCUCGACAGCGCCUGCAACACCGCAAACCUCUCCGCAUCAAUCUGUAGUCAACAAUUCACCUAAACACUGCCGACCACUGCCGACAUUGUCAGCACCACCGACAAUGGCGUCUCACUAUUCUGCUAAAACUGGAUACAUUCCCAAUUCCAGUGGAACGACCCUUUCAACAGUGACGAAUGGAGCCGACAUGAGUGCUUCUGUUAUUCGUGUAACUCCUUCACCUCCAGCUGCUCCGGUUACUCAGAUACCAUCUAUUCAACAACACCAGCAGCAGCAGCAGCAACAACAACAACAACAACAGCAAACACAUCAGCAGCAGCAGCAACCGCAUCAAAUACGUAGUUCGACUCCUGUUGCACCGCCAAUUCAGGAGCAACAACAACCACCACAACAGCAGCAACAACAACAAUCGAGUACUCCUCUCGAGUAUUCCUUGUUCAACGAUACAUUUACAAAAGUAGCGCAACAAUCAAUGUGGGGUGGUGGUCGAGAAGAAUCUCAAAAAGGAAUGAAUUUUGCAACAGUUGCCGGUGGUGGUGUUUCAGUGAAUACGUCGGGUGCUUCGCCAAAAUUUAUGGAAACAGCUCCACCACAAGUGGAUGCAUCAAAAGCGCCUGGCUACAGAGGAACAUCAAUGUGUUCACCCGUCUCGAGUAAAUCCAACAGCACCAGCAACGCACCAGGAAGUUCAAUGAACGUCAGCGGUGUCUCACCAUCAGGUGCUCCAAAUCCAAUUCAACCACCUCACAUUCAAUCCUCCAUUCCCUACAACAGUGAACACCCACUACCAAACAAAGCACCAGGAAGUCUAGCAGUAGCGCGACCAAUAAUGUCCCAACAAAACAUUGACAUUGGAGCCAACAUUGCUCAAUUCAAUCGACCAGUCUAUCAAGCAGAAUUAAACUCACGAAAUCCACCUCCACAUCACGUAAUGGCGUCAAGCUCACAAGGAAUGGACGUUGGUUUAUUCAAAGGCAACAACACCGGCUACGAACAUCCAAAUUCUAAUCUCUUAAAAAUGGUCCCCAACGAUGGACAACCGGCCCACACUAUUAUAUCCUUUCAUCCACACAUGCAAAGUUUCACACAAACAAUUGCACCCUCAGUCACUGUCAACACCACCGUCAGUAUGUCGCGCUUAAAUCCCCGUGCGCCCGACUUCUCGAGUUCCCUUCAUCUCAACAAUAAACCCCAAGUGACAAUGUUCAGCGCUGGAAGUGGAAUUCAUCCAAAUAUGUUCACAACUGUUCCUGCACCGCCGCCAGCUGGAAUGCAAUCGAAUAAUUUAAUGCUGGGCAAUUUCCCCCUUGGGAAAUAUCAAGCGCAACCAUCGCGCGGCACACCAAAUACAAAUCUCUCGACUAAUGGUCAAACGCGUUGGCCCUUUGCACCGCCACCGCCACACAAUAGUUAUCCACCGCAUCAGGAUCCAAUGAUGGGACAAAUUGGCUUUACGAAUCAUCUUGCCAAUAUUGCGGGACAACCGAGUAAUAUUGAUUUGAUCACGAGUUUGGAGAAUGGUGGCUCGCCAGCAAUGUCGCCAUCGUCACCGGGACAAAUUGCUCAGGAUAUGAGUCAAAUGAAAAUGGAAGAUCGAAAAGUACCGAGACCAAUUGGCACGGAGAGAGCUUGGAAAAAUUAUUCGACUGGCAUGGGACCUGGAGGUGAUGCUGAUUCAAUAAAUUGGAUGUUGAAUGAGAAAAUGGUGGGAUCUUGGGCGGGUUUAAAUCCUGGUAUUGAUAGGCAUCAGAUGUUCCGAUCAAAUACUUCAUUUAAUCGCACCUCCAAUAUGGACACUGACUUACAUCAGAUGAUGGACUCGAAUUUUCAGACUCAUUUAGAUAAUCAACAGCAAUUCCCCAAUGGAAAUACAGCUGCAGUUUCCUUGAUGCCAAAUUUAUCGAUGUUACCAGGACAAUAUACAUCCUCGGGAAUAUCGGAAAUUCAGCCCAAUGAAUCUGCUAAAAUGGAAUCUCCAGCUUGGGGAAUUUCUGAUUCUGUUCAAGAUAAGCAACAUCCGGGAUGGAAUAAAUGGACCCAUUGAGGUGAAGGAAAUCUUUCUAUCGAUAGAGCUUUCCUUGAGUAAAGUGAACCGGAAAGGAAGAAAAGAAGACGACGAUGAAUUUGGAAUACAAAGUAGUAGUAGUAGACGAAACUGGCAUGAAAAUUCGUUGAUUCUAGACACCACGUAAAUUUACAAUACUACUUACAUACACAUACACAAACACACAUGUAAAACACAUAUGCCCACAACUCCAAUAUUACUUGUCAUGGUAGAUGAUAAGAUGGUAAAUCCUUACUGCAGUUUAUUGCUAUUAUCUAUAAAUACUUACUCGAUACCGAUAUUAAGUGGAUAUGGUGCGCGUACACUACUGCAAUUAAAAAAAAAAAGAAAAAAAAAUUUAAAAAAAAGAAAAGAAAUUACGAGCACGUUUCCUGCUAUGGCGAUUCUUAACCGUUGGUAGUUGCAUAGCCUCCGUCAUUCUUCAAUUAAUAAUGAAAAAAAAGAAAAAAAACAAAGAAGCUGAUUGAUUCAUCUUCAAUGAAAAAUCAAUCACCUUCUUCGUUAAAUUUGAAUUAUUUGUUUGUGACGCGUCUCACACUCUUUGCGAGAAAUUCGAGUGUCGCGUGUAUGAUUUGCAUUUUUGGCUUAUAUCUGAUUAUAAAUGUUUAUGCAACGACAUUCAAUCGAUUAACGUUAUAUCCAAAAACGUAAUCACAUUCGUCACGAGCAGUAAUUUUUUGCGAGUUAUUUAUGUUGGAAGUACAUAUAUUAUCUAUUAUUAUCCUCUACAAUUAUUAUUAUAAUUAUUGAAUAUACCAUGAUUCAUGUAAAUAAGAACUGACUGUGAAAUUUCAAUUUUUUUUCAAUGCCAUUGACAAAAAAAAAAAAAAAAAAAAUCUAUAAAAUUGAAAUGUCGGAGUACCGUCCCUUUUCUCCUCUCAAAUAAAUCACACUCUUCCAUUAUUUGAGUCACACUUACACACACAGAAAGAUAAAUGAUGUCCAAAAUAUUCCAAAAAUUUUCAGCAGUUUUCGAAUUUACAUAAGAAUAUUUAAUAUCAAAAAGUGAAUAUUAAUUUUUGUUUUGGAACUAUUUGGACAUGCUACGUAUAUAUAUAUAGUGUACACAAACACACUUAUGAAUUAUAUAUCAUGACUAAAUUUGAUCGAAUGCACUGAUUGUUGAGCACUCUAUCAAUUUAGCGCAUUCACAACCUUAUUCCACUUUCGCAACCUCUUUAAUCCCUUCUUCCAAAAAAAAGGAAAUAUCCUCUAGUACCACCUGAGGAAACUACUACUUUAUCUUGGAGUAAAUGGCUUUCAAACUGGAGAUUGACUUCUCUUUUGCAGAAAUGAUUGAGUUUAAAGGAUCUAUCCGAUGACUGAGGGAAACUCAAGACGAUUUUCUUCAAACUAACGAAUAGACAUGUUUUUAGCUAGAAUUUUCUAUCGAGGUCGCAUGUGAGGACGGCCAGGCUCUCUAGGGGAUAAUGAAUAACAACAAGAAAUACAAUAUAAUUACAUUAUGAGAAAAAUAGAGAGAUACAUAGAGCCAAUGAAAGUUUAAAGUGGCCAUCGAUACCCUAAACACAUACAAUACCUUUAUGUAUAUCGAAAGCUGUUUGAUGAAUGAAUAUUAUUCAUUGUUAAAAUGGUAGUGGGCCGUCGAUACAUAAUAUAAUUAUUCUGCAUCCCUAGCGACAGUAAUAUUAUAAUAUACUAUUAUUGCUAUGGUGGUAAUAUCUUUUAUGAUUAUAUUAUGGUUAUUAUUACAAGAAAAAAAAACACGUAAGUUUAGAAGAAAAAAAAAUGAUAUAAUAUAGAGAAUAUAUCUAUACUUGCAUAAAAACGCUGAUCCCCCGAAGGAAUUCAGCGUGAUAGAAAUAUACACUCGAUAUAAUAUAUGAUAGAUAUAUAUAUAUAUAUAUAUAUAUUCGAGUGAAAAUGAUGUUCAUUUUGAUUGAACAUUUGGGAAACUUUCUUAUUAAAGGGGGGGGAUUCCGGUGAGUAUUCAAUGAGCAUUAAAACGACAAUGUCAUUGAAACAGUCCUCCAAAUGAGCCUCGACCUAGCUCAUAUAUAAAAAGAAAAAAAAAAAAAAAAUUAUAAGAGCGCUUUCGACCUGUAGUUUCAGGGAGCGCUUUCAUUAUUCUCGAUGAUUGUUAUAAUUUAAAGCCUAUUUUCAAAUUUAAUUUACGAUAAUAACUGCGAUAUGAUAUAUAAAACUAUUAUAUGACAUAUAACAAUAAAGCAAAUAAAUAAAUAUCUAUGUAGAAACUGAA